GGUCCAACGAUUGAUCCUUGUGGAAAAUAAAGGAAAUGGUGCAAGAGCAUGCAGAGGAACUGUAACUAGAUGUUAGGAAGUUUCAUACAAAGAGAAACAUGGAGCAGUGAGUAAUUCUGAAUCUACUGGUCAGAUAUUUGAUCAAAUAUGAAGGCAACACUCUCAAGAAAUCUAUUUGUUCAAAGCAUUUUAUCCUGCAAAGCAGAGAAAACUAAUUAGUAUUGCAAAGACCUUCUCUGAGAGAGAACUGGCUAGGGACAGAAUGGAUGGGAUAGCUUUCGUAAAUUCUGGAAAUUUUUCCACUUCCUUUAACGCUUCAGAGAGAAAUUUUACCUUUGGCCAUUAUGACCAGUGUUACUCUCCAACCUCCAUGAUAUUUGUGCUCGCACUGGUUUACAGUGCCGUCAUCAUCCUUGGAGUAUCAGGCAAUCUGCUCCUAAUCACCAUUGUGAUGAAACAAAAAGAAAUGCACAAUGUAACAAACAUUUUGAUUGUCAACCUAUCAGUCUCUGAUCUGCUCAUCAGUGUCAUGUGCCUGCCCUUCACAUUUGUCUACACUUUUAUGGACCAUUGGAUAUUUGGUGAGGCCAUGUGCAAGUUAAAUUCCAUGAUCCAAUGCAUCUCCAUCACAGUUUCCAUCUUCUCCUUGGUGCUGAUUGCAAUUGAGCGCCACCAAUUGAUUAUUAACCCUCGAGGUUGGAGACCCAAUAACAAGCAUGCCUACCUAAGCAUUGCCAUCAUGUGGACACUAGCACUGCUUACAUCUCUGCCCUUUCCACUUUUCCACAUUCUGACCGAUGACCAAUUCCAUUAUGACCUUAAAUACUCAAAAGAAUUUGCUGGAAAGUAUUUGUGCAUUGACCUGUGGCCAUCGGAAAAUCAAAGGCUGGUUUAUACUACAUGUCUCCUCGUAAUGCAGUACUUUGCCCCCCUCUGCUUUAUAUUCAUCUGCUACUUUAAAAUAUAUGUGCGCCUAAGGAGGAGAAACAACAUGAUGGAGAAGAUGAGAGAGAACAAAUACAGGGCAGAUGAAUACAGGAGAAUCAACAUUAUGCUUAUUUCCAUUGUGGUAGCAUUUGCAGUCUGCUGGCUGCCCCUCAAUAUCUUCAAUGCUGUUUUUGAUUGGAACUAUGAGGCUAUCAAUAAUUGCCAUCACAAUCUAGUUUUCUCCGUAUGUCAUCUGACAGCCAUGCUAUCAACCUGCACAAACCCCAUCUUCUAUGGAUUCCUCAAUAAAAAUUUUCAGAGGGACUUGCGUUCAAUUCUCCAUUACUGCAAAUGCAGCUCUAGAGAAGAGGACUAUGAGGCUAUUGCCAUGUCAACCGUGCAGACGGAAAUUUCCAAGAGUUCUCUGAAACAAGCAACACAAAUUGCUUGAGAUGAAAUGAUUCCAAAAUCUUGCUUCUGCAGAAUAAACAGCAACUGUUCCAUGUGGCCUCAGCAACCAAAUAUUAGUAAGGAUGAUUCA